ACGUCCUAGUGUAUUUACCACUCUGCUUACAUGUGACAUGCAUUCUGCUAUCCUGGAAACACUCCACCUUCCCACAGAUCUCAUGGACCCUCUCUUCUCCAUGGUCUCUACGGACAUUCAGUUGAGUUUUGGAACAGAUGGGUAACGAGUUCAAAGAGAGUAUCCUCACAAACGAGAAACAGAGUUUGACCUUGUGGGCUUGAGUUAUAUCCAUUUGCCUGAAAAUUUCAUUUCAGGUUUCUGCAUUGCAGAGUCGAAUUCCAAUGUGCCCAUGUGCCGAAUCUCCAUUUUCUGAAAACCGGCUGAGGGACAUCCAGGCUGACUCUCUUGAUAGCUGGCGGGACCAGAGAAGCAAAGAUCCCUACUGUGCAUCAGUCUCUUGCAGUGAGAAAGUGGCCUUUGAAGAUGUGGCUGUGAACUUCACCUCAGGAGAGUGGGCUUUGUUGGAUUCAUUUCAAAAGAAGCUCUACAGAGAUGUGAUGAAGGAGACAUUUUUGAACUUGAUCUCCAUAGAAGAAGCAGUAGAAGAAAAUAUUGGCGAGGACUACAAAGACCUCAGCAGAAUCACACGAAUUCAAGUGAUUGAGAAAAACUGUGGAUAUGCAUGUGGCCAUGAGUGUGAUAAGACCCAGGAACCUAUUACAGAGAAUGUCAUCAACACAGGCAUGCCUCCUGGAGAAAGAGUAUGUCAAAGCCCAUUGCAUAUAAGAAACAUCCUUGGUCAUUUAUCCUCACAUGGGUAUCUCAGAGAGCAAACUACAGGGAUACCAUCUGUAUGGAAGAAAGCUAUAACUAAAGCUUUUACACAUCAGGAACAUUGGAAAGAUACCCAUCAUUCUGAAUCACUUCAGGUACUUGAAACUUCUCCCCAGAAGAAACCCUGUGAAAGUCAAGAAUAUAAUGAAGCUUGUAGGAGUCUCAGUUUGGAUCAGCCUCAGGAGAGAGCUCACACUGGAGUUACACUCCAUGAAAAUGACUUGACUGGAUACACAUUUGUUCAGAACAAUGAAGGCAUCCAUAAAGAAGUGAAACAGUUUGUAUGUAAGCUCUGUGAAGAAGCCUUCAUUGAGUCCAGUGACCUUUACAACCAUGAAAAAGGUCAUAUUUCACAGAAAAGGUACUAUUGUAUGCACUGUGGGAAAACAUUUAAAAAUGCAAAAUGUUUUGAGAAGCAUAAAGUAACUCAUACAAAAGAGAAUCCUUAUGUUUGUAAGAGUUGUCAAAAAACCUUUACAUGCUUCAGUCAUCUGAAGAAACAUCUAAGGAGUCACACUGGAGAGAAGCCUUAUACUUGUAAGAAUUGUCAAAAAACCUUUACACACUCCAGUCAUCUACACAGACAUGAAAGGAUUCACACAGGAGAGAAGCCUUAUGUUUGUAGGCAUUGUGGAAAAGCAUUUAACCGUUCCAGUCAUCUGAAUAUACAUGAAAAUAUUCACAAUGGAGAGAAACCUUAUGUUUGUAGGCAUUGUGGAAAAUCUUUUAACUACUCCAGUGCUCUGAAUGUUCAUGAAAGGAUUCACACUGGAGAAAAGCCUUAUGCUUGUAGGCAUUGUGGAAAAGCAUUUAAUUAUUCCAGUACUCUGAAUGUUCAUGAAAGGAUUCACACUGGAGAGAAGCCUUACUCCUGUAGACAUUGUGGAAAAGCAUUUAACACCUCCAGUCAUAUGAACAGACAUGAAAGGAUUCACAGUGGAGAGAAGCCUUACACUUGUAAGCAUUGUGGAAAAGCAUUUACCACUGCCAGUCAUCUGAACAGACAUGAAAGGAUUCACAAAGGAGAGAAGCAUUAUGCUUGUAGACAUUGUGGAAAAGCAUUUAACUGCUCCAGUCUUCUGAACAGACAUGAAAGUGUUCACAGUGGAGAGAAGCAUUAUGCUUGUAGGUAUUGUGGAAAAACAUUUAACUCCUCCAGUGGUCUGAAUACUCAUGAAAGGAUUCACAGUGGGGAGAAGCCUUAUGCUUGUAGGCAUUGUGGAAAAGCUUUUAACUGCUCAAGUCGUCUGAAUAGACAUGAAAGAAUUCAUAGUGGAGAGAAGCCUUAUGCUUGUAGACAUUGUGGAAAAGCAUUUACCACCUCCAGUCAUCUGAACAGACAUGAAAGGAUUCACAAUGGAGAGAAGCCUUAUGCUUGUAAGCAUUGUGGGAAAGCCUUCACUGACUCUACUAGUCAUAAGAAACAUGAAAGAAAGCACACUGGAGAGAAGCCUUAUGCAUGUAAGUAUUGUGGAAAAGCCUUUAGGGACUCUAGUACUCAUAAGAAUCAUGAAAGGAUUCAUAGUGGAGAGAAGCCUUAUGUAUGCAGGCAUUGUGGGAAAGCCUUCAGCCAGUACAAUGGUCGUAAGUAUCAUGAAAGGACUCACACUGAAGAGAAGCCUUAUUCUUGUAGGCAUUGUGGGAAAGCCUUCAGUGACUCCAGCAGUCAAGAGAAACAUGAAAGAAUGCACACUGGAGAGAAACCUUAUGCAUGCAAACAUUGUGACAAAGCCUUCAGCCUGUCCAGUAGUCUUACGAAUCAUGAAAGGACUCACACUAGAUAGAAGUGUUAUGUAUGUAAACAUUACAUAAAACACUUUACCCAUUUCACAUCCUAACUUGAAUGAAAAAAAUCACUGGAGAGAAACAAUUUUUGUGUAAAACAUGUGGGAAACUGUUCAUUUAGUCUAGUGAUCUUUACAUGUUUGAAAUAGUUCACUCUGCAAACAAUUAUCCAUGUAAGCAUUUUGCAAAAGACUUCAUGACUCCAGUAGUCCCCACAGACAUGGAAGUAUCACACUGGAGAAAAGCCUUAUGUUUUUAAGCAUUGUAGAAAAGCCUUCAGGCAGUCUGGUGAUAAUAGCAGACACGAGUGCUUCACUCUAGUCAGUAUCCUAAUGCAUGGUAGCAUUUGGAAAAGGCUUCCAUAGUUCCAAUUGGCACAACACCAAUUAAAAAUAUUCACACUGGAGAGAAAACCUUUCUUUGUAUGAAAUGGAAAACUAUUUCUUUGUUCUUGUGAUUUUAUCAAAGAUAAGAGACCUCACACUUGUGAGCAACCUUUUCAAUGUCAACAUUGUGGAAAAGACUUGACUGCUUCAAGUUUCUGUAACCCUCAUGCAAGAAUUUACAUUGGGGAGAAUUUUAAUGCAAGUAUGCGUCUAAGAUUUGUGCCAAAGGCUUCACCAGUUCCUGUUGCCAAUAUGUUCUCAAGAAUCCAUCCUAUAGCCAGGCAUUGGUGGUGCACGCCUUUAAUCCCAGCACUCGGGAGGCAGAGGCAGGCGGAUCUCCGUGACUUUGAGACCAGCCUGGUCUACAAGAGCCAGUUCCAGGACAGCCUCCAAAGCCACAGAGAAACCCUGUCUCGAAAAUCCAAGAAAAAAAAAAAAAAAAAAGAAUCCAUCCUAUAGAUUUGGGUAUCCAUUUGAAAAAUGCUUUAGCAGCAAUAGUUCCUAUUAUACUGAGCAAUUUAUUUCACUGGUGAAAGCCUUUAUGUUUGGAAUAAAUGUGGGAAAAUCUUCCAAGUGUUUAUAAUAAAUGAAGUUUAAAGUGAUUGUCAUUUUCAGCAGUCUUCCCGAUUUUGUGUGUCUCCUACCCCUAGAUAAUGAUCUCACAGUGAAAAGUGUAGUGUGUAGAGCUUGCACCACCAUUAACUGUGUGACACUGCAUUGGUCAAAUUGCUGGUAUUGUGAGGUGUGAAAGAUGAAUGUGAUUCGACCAUGAGAUGCAUCAGCUAGUAAUGGUUUAUUGCCGGAAAACAUGAUUCUCUCAGUUACCUUCCUGGAUCUUACAUGGCGGCAGUAGAGAAACAAUUCCUGGAAGAGGUCUUCUGACAGUCACAUACACACUUACAAGUGAAUUCACACCAAAGUACAAAUGAGUAAAUAAUAAUAUGUUUCUGAGAGCAGAGACUUAACUAACAAAUGCAAUAUUUUAAUGUGGAAAGAAACGUUGUUAGACUCAAUGUUUUACUAUAUGAAGGAUUAAAAUCAUUACAGUAUGUAUAAUAA